AUGAAAGCUGCGCGUGCCAGUUGCGAGGGGUUUCUCACGUUCCGCACGAGUCCGUCCUCGCCGCCGCCGAUGCUGCGCCGGUACUGCUUCCUCGUGGGCACGUCGUUCCAUUAUUAUAGCACACAGGAAGAUGCGUACCAUAUGCUGCGGAUCAAGGGCGAAGCAGACGUGUUGGGCGUGCAGGAGUGGGACGGGAAAGGCAAUAUGCACAUUUACACACACGGUUUUUUGUUUGCGACGACGCAGAAUAAGGUGUUUUAUGCCUAUGCUGACACGGCCAUGGAUAAGGAAAAGUGGAUCCGAGCGAUCCAGACUGUUGUGGAGACGACUGUUCCGCGUCUGGCAGCUGCCAUGCUUUUUCAGCAGGCAACAUCACUGGAGGUUGUUCCUUCACCAGUGAGCGUCGUGACGGUGCCGUCGAAUGAGACGGACGUGACGUGCAAUUGUCCGGAUUGCACACGACUGGCGGCUGGAGCUGCGGCGGCAGGCCAACCGGCACCUGCUGGAGCAACGAUGUUGUAUAAAUGCAACAGUUGCGAUGGACUCUUUUGCGAUAAGUUUACGACGGGCAAAGUGCCGUUGCCACAGCGAUCGUGUUACUCUGCUAAGCGCGUGUGUGGUCGCUGCUACGAAGCACAGAAUUACAUAAACUAUUUGCGCGCCAUGGUGGAGCGUCUGAAGGCUGGUAUUUGCUUGUACCCGCGCCAGCUAAACCCCGAGGCACCUAUUGAGCUCAUUAUGCCGAAACGUCCACUGCAGACUGAGUCGGCUAAAAUUGCGAUCGACUUACUUAAAGCGAAAGUGAUUACCGCAGAAGAAUGUGAAGAGAUCUUGCUAAAGGAUCGACGAUUUUACGACCACACGAUGGACCAUCCUGAGAUCCCGCUCGACUUGACAAUAUUGGGCCUGCACCGUGAGUUUCGUGCACGCACCUUUAGCGUGUAUCGUGCUGUUAUUUUGCUGCAUCGUCACCUGGAUAGUGAUCCUCUGCUGUUCAAGCCCAUUGUGGAAAAGUUGCUUCACUUUUCGUACACACGGAUUAACCAAGUAGAGUUUUAUUGGCCCCAGAUCGUGCACGCGUAUUUGUCGAUUCCGAACUUUGAUUUUGAGAAGAUAUUUUGGCUGGACGAGCUUAUCCUGUCGGUCUGUUCGCGCUCUAUUCACCUUGCGCUUCUUCUUCGAUGGCAACUUCAAGGUGCACUCGAGGACUCGUUUGAUUCGCGGAAACCCAAGGAGAUGCAGGACAAAUACGCACGUGUGGUACGUUUGAUGGUUGAGGUUGAACGUGAGGUCGCUGGCGUCGACCGAGCGACUGUGCUCAGUCGUGAUCCACAGCAGGGGACACCGGAGGUACACAAGCGCAAUUUGCCGAUGCCUACGGACGACCAACUACAUUUGAUUGUGAAGCUAACGGAGGAGAUUGCAAACUAUCGCCGACAAGCACACGGUUCUGCUUGCGGCAUGUUCUCGCCUCAAAGUGGGCAUUCUUUUUUUCAGCCGUCGUUGUCUAUGACACAAACCGAUCCGAGCCGUAGCAAUUCGAUUGAUGCUGACGCAGAUAGCCGAUUCCGCGAUUUCUCGCGCUUUCAGCAGCAUCUGCUCACGCCGAAGGAGAACUUGAACUCCAUGUUGCUUUCGCACUGUGCCGCUGACGAAUUUGAGCAAGACGAACGGUUAUCUACUUUCGAAGAGGAAGAUGGUAACAACCAGCCAACCAGCAUUUUCAGUGAGUCCAUGCGACGCAUGAGUCAGACCGACAAGUCAUUGCUGGCAAGACAUUUCGCUGACGAAUGCGAUUUCGUUGAGCAGAUAACCGAUAUUGCAGAGGCGCUUCGUUUCGUGCCUUCCAUUCAAGAUCGAAAGGCCCAGUUGCCAUCGUACUUGAUGAAAUUGCAUUUACCUCCGAUGGCAUACGUGCCACUGGUGAAGGCGACGGACCCAUUCGAGCGUAUCGUGCGGAUACCUACGAAGGAAGGCACUGCUUUCUCGACUAAGGCUCGUGUCCCAAUUUUACUGAUAUUCGAGGUGUUACGCGGUAACCCUUUCGAUGAAGACCAAGCGAUUCCCGAAUCACCGCGAUCUCCUUCGACGCAACCUCAAAACGGCAAUACAAUCGAAUCGUGUGAAGUCAACUAUGCUGAAGAUGACGAGAUUGGAGAGCUUAUUGGGCACCAAGCCAUUGAAGCAUUUGGAGAUGAUGCGGGAGAUGCUGACGAGUUUCGAUCGCAGUCUUUUGUUCCUUUGCCUGUGGUGUCACAGUUAUCUCACACCUCACUCGCCGCUCUUCGUCGUGUGCCGAUUCCUCAGACACCGAUUGACGUUCCUGACAUCGUGUCAACACCGUCAACGGCCCGAUCAGUCCGUAUGCAGUUUAAUAACAAGUCCAUGGGUGCUUUGACCACAGACGGCAAACUAACGGCCAAGGGUGUGUCGUCAGUAGCUUUGGAAAUGGAUUUAGCAACUGGCAACUUGACAGCAGAAGCAGUCGAGCGUGAAAAAGCACGUCGUCGGGACUUUGAGGCAGCUUUUGGUGAAUCGUGGAGCUCGAAACGUGCAAGACUGAAGGCUGCGUCGCCGUACGGCCAUCUUCCUGGAUGGGACAUCGUGUCCAUGAUCGGCAAGAGCAAUGAUGAUCUUCGCCAGGAGGUAUUUACACUGCAAUUGAUUCAAAAGUUUGUCGAGAUUUUCAGGAGUGCAAAUUUGCCGAUGUGGGUGAAGAGGUACCGAAUUAUUGCUACGAGUUCAUCCACUGGGCUCAUUGAGACUUUGAUCAAUGCGAUAUCGCUGGACGGUCUGAAGAAGCGCGAAGGCUACAUUUCGUUGCUUCAUCAUUUUAAGAAGUCGUACGGGCCGCCUGAUUCGCGCCGGUUUAAGGAAGCUCAGCGGAAGUUCGUCCGGUCAAUGGCAGGCUACUCGUUGGUGUGUUACUUUCUUCAAAUUAAGGACCGGCACAACGGUAAUAUCAUGCUGGACAACGAAGGCCACAUAAUCCAUAUUGACUAUGGGUUCUUGCUCGGAAUUGCGCCGGGUGGAAUGUUGAGCAUCGAGACAGCACCAUUUAAACUGACAGCCGAGAUGGUAGAAACCAUGGGUGGACAGGAGUCCGAGGGCUUCAAAGAGUAUGUGACGCUUUGCACGAGAGGCUUUGUUGCAUGCCAACAGCACUGCGACGAAAUCUGCGACCUCGUGGAUGUUAUGUCGCGUCAGUCGCCGUAUCCGUGCUUUCUGGGCAUUGACGCUGAUUAUAUCUUGUUGCGCUUGCGCUCGCGCUUCAAGCUGUCAUUAUCAAAACAGGAGACUGUGGCGCACGUGUUGUCGCUCGUCCGUAAGAGCAACAACAACUACAGCACGCGGCAGUACGAUAACUUCCAGCGCAUGACGAACGGCAUUCUUCCGUAG